AUGGGUGGAAGUUUUAGUUCGGCGACGCUGGACGACGCCACAGUGGCCAUGAUCAAACACAAGACAAGAAUGAAGUCGUCCGAAAUAACCGAAUGGUUUAACGAACUGAAGUCUCGAUGUCCGAAUGGCAAAAUGACGAAGAAAGAUAUGCUAAAAUGUUACCGAGAUCUCAGCACCUGUGACAUGGAUAAACUGGAACAAGUCGUUAAUGCUAUAUACAAAACAUUCGAUACAGACAACGACGGUAAAGUUGAUUUUAAAGAAUUUGUAAUCGGGUUUCUAUUAACAACUAAAGGCACGAUGGAGGAAAAACUUGAUUACACAUUUCAACUCUAUGAUAUUGACAAAGACGGUUAUAUAGAUCAAUCGGAAAUCGAUGUUAUGGCUAAGUAUGUUCUACGUAUGCUAGGUGGCAAUGGUAAUGAGUUCGAAUCGAUCGAAUUGCUCAAACAUUUUAUAAGUUCAUGUCAUUGUAAUGAACAAGGACUUAUAACAAAAGAGAACUUUAUUCGAGCCUUAUCAAAAAACGAAUUACUUAGUCAACUUUUAUCUCCUUUCACUUGA